AUGUCAAUUCAAGCAGUUGAGAAUAGGCAGCAAAACGAUGGGAAUAGUAGAAUUAACGUGCAUAAGAUAAUGACUGAUGAGAGGACUAGAGGGAGAUAUGAAAACUAUUUUCAGAUUGAAUACUUGAGAAAAGAUAUGGGAGAAAAAGGAGUACAGGAUCUGCAUGCUAAGUUGGUGAUGGCGAUACGGAGCUCAGCAAUAAGCGCGAUUGGUGGGGGAAGAGUGCAAAAUGAGAACAAGAGCAGGAAGAUGAGUGAUAACACAAGGAGCUGAUUGAAGGAAUCGAAGUCGUUGAUGGGAGCUGCAAGAGCUUGCAUUAGAAGAGGAGAUAUGGAUGGGUAUUUGGAAUAUUAUCGAAAUCACAAAAUUGCCCAUAAUAAAUUUUGUGGAAUUACUGGACAGGGAGAGAAAGCAGACCUGACUAGGGGAGAUUGCAGAAAGAUCAAUAUUGAGCAUAAAUGAUACUUGAAAACUUAUGAAAAGGCUCAAAGCUAG